UCGUCUUGAAGUGUUCGGAUGCAAGUAGCUAAUACAUGGUGACUCUUAUAAAAUCUUGAUGAAUAUAGUGUAAUGAUAUAGUAUUUUGAUCGGAGUGUGAAGAAUUGACAGUCGCAAGCUAGCACUGUCUAGGAUCUGAAGCUCAGGAUGCUCUCGAGGUUGACUAUAGGUCGGAUAUGUUGGGAACUUGCGGCACAGUGCAAAUCAUGGACUGGACUUGUUGCCUAUAAUAGGCCUGCAGGUGCCCGUCAUAGUCGUCCGUUUACGACAGAUGCGUCAAACGUCCGACAUCUGACUCAGAACAAUCUAGAUCACUUCUUACAAUCAUACGACACGUUCAUGUUGGAUUGUGACGGGACACUGUAUGGUACCGAUCAUGUGACCGAAAUUCCAAAUGUUCCAGAGGCAAUAUAUAAAUUACGGACCAUCGGCAAGCAUCUGUUGUUUGUGACAAACAACAGCAUGCAUUCAAACGAGCGCUAUGUCAAUAAAUUCAAAGAAGUUGGAUUUGAAGCAAACGAAUCUGACAUUUUUGGUGUGGCCAAUGCCGCCGCAGUAUAUUUGCGACACAUUGCUAAGGUGGAGGGGAAAGUAUAUGUAGUUGGUGGGCAAGGUAUGAAGCAAGAACUAGACAAAUACAGAUUAGAAAGUUUUGGAGCAGGACCAGAUCCUGACCAGGCAUCCUGGGACCCGAAACAACUACUUCAAAUGGAAUUUAGAGAUAACGUGCAAGCAGUGCUGGUUGGUUUUGAUGAACACUUUCACUACAACAAGAUCUUUAAGGCCCUGAGCUAUCUCAGAGAUCCAAAGUGUCUUUAUGUGGCUACUAAUGUAGUGGAGACAGCCGUAAAGAUUGGAAGUGGGCGGGUGCAGCCCACUACUGGUGCGUUAAUACAGGCAAUAUCAGUACCGGCAAAACGGGAGCCCUUAGUGGUUGGCAAGCCAGGAACGCUCUUACUAGACUGUAUCCGACAUAAGCAUCCGGAUAUCGACCUCAGCCGGACAGUGUUCAUAGGUGAUGGCCUUCGGUCCGACAUUGCCUUUGCCAACAAUAUAGGGGUGGACUCCGUCCUCGUGUUGACAGGAUCUGGAGCCCUGGACAAAAUAGACGGUCCAGAUGUCAAACCAACAUAUGUUAUGGACUCUUUUGAACUGUUUUCUAAAAUAUGAUAGUGGAAUAUCUUGAUAGACAAUGUGAAUAAAAAUAUUUUAUUGCUUC